AUGGCGAAUAAAUUUGGAUUAGGUUCUUUACCUUUAGAUACUAAAAAACCUAACACAACAGCAUGGAUAAAUAAAGCAAAACCUUAUUUUGUGGAUCAAAUUGGAGACAAACUUCAAGGUGAUUUAGAUAUGAAUAAUUUUACCAUAACUAAUUCAAGGUUACCAAAAAAUGAUUAUGAUGCUGUUCACAAGAAAUAUUUAAUGGAUCAAAUAAAUUUAAUUGAAGUAAAUAAAGAACAUUUAAAAGAAAGAAAAGGCGAUGUGAAAAGAAACUUCAAACGACAAAUAGAUGAUAAAGAUUUUAUUGAUGAUACUAAGUUACAACAAGAAGUAACAAGUUUGAAAAGUUUUAUUGAAGAACAAUUACUUAAUGUAGUAGAUAAAACUCAAUUACAACCUUUAAGUUCAUCAAUAUCUAAUUUAGAUGAUAAGAUUACAAAGCAAAAAAUAGAUCUUAAACAACUAAUAGCCAAUAUUAAUCCAGAUACUAACUUGAAAAUUCAAGAUACUAACUUGAAAAUUCAAGAUACUAACUUGAAAAUUCAAGAUACUAACUUGAAAAUUCAACAUUCUAACUUGAAAAUUCAACAUACUAACUUGAAAAUUCAACUUAAUAAAUUCAACAUACUAGCUUGA